AUGAAAGAAGGCCAAACCAUUACUGAAAAGUACCGCAAGCAUCCAUUAGACCGCGAAGAGGAUGCAAGAUUAUCCCAGCAUAGACUUACACCUGAGCAAAGAGAAUCUACUUGGAGCCAGCUCCACAACAACUUAUUAUCUCAUCAACAUGCGCUUCUUGGUUUUCAGAGUAAUCAAAGUUUUACCUGCGAAAGAGUAAAACCAUUUUUUGAUAUUGCACUGAACAAUGUUGGAGAUCCAUUCUCAGCACAAGUGCAAUAUGCGCUGAAUACUAAGAUCAUAGAAUGUAGCGUGCUGGAUUAUUUUGCUAAGCUCUGGGGGAUACAGCAAUCCGAUCCUUCAAAUGAGGAAGAACGGAAAUACUGGGGUUACGUUACGUCCAUGGGCUGCACCGAAGCUAAUCAUCUCGCAUUGUAUAAUGCAAGGGAAUACUUAGCCGGAAUGCCUCUCAGUAAUCCCAUCUUGUGCAAUACGUGUAGUCCUCCUGUCAAGCCUCCCGUUUCGUCCCACAGACAACGCAAAGAAAAAUUAUCAAAUGUGCAGCCAAAGGACAAUCCUAACGCUUUCACACCAGUUGUAUUCCUUUCAGAAGAAAGCUUUCACGGCCUUGCAAAAACAUUAAGAAUGUUACAGAUGAAAAAGUUUUGUGAUGUUGGCAGCGGAUAUUUUUCUUGCCCGUUGAAAUAUCCAGACGAUUACCCUUCCAGUUUUGAUGAAGAAUCCCUUGAUCAAAACGGCUGGCCACGUGCAGUGCCUGUAGAAGCGGAUGGGUCGAUUAGCAUCCCAUGCCUUGUGAAACUAGUCACUGCCUUUGUUAUGAGAGGCUACCCUCCGCUCGUAGUUUUCACAAGUGGUACCACAUUUAAGGGUGCCUACGAUAAUCCACGAGCUGCCAUCAAUGAGCUUGCGCCUAUAUUGAAAGAACACAACAUGUACGAACGCCUUGUACAUAGUUCGGAAGACCCAUUCAAAUCUGACGUUCGAAAUGGAUUUUGGUUUCAUAUUGACGGUGCCCUAGGAGGAGCCCAUCUUCCAUUUCUUGAGAUGGCGAUAAAUCAGGGUUUGGUUGCCAAUACGUUUCCAAAUGGUUUUCCUGUAUUUGAUUUCCGUAUUCCUGAAGUGAAAUCCAUUGCAACGAGCUUGCACAAAUGGUUAGGCUGUCCUUUCCCUUCGGCAGUAUUUAUGAUUAGAAAACCGGAUCAAGUUAAACCUCAUGACAACCCAUUGUUUCUUGGUGGUCACGAUAGCACUAUGUCUGGUUCCAGGUGUGGCCAUAGUGUGUUAGUAAUGUGGGAACUAUUCUCAAAUAAAUCAUACCGGGAUUUUGCCGAAAUAGCUGCCCGUGAAGACCAAGUGGUGAUAUUUUUACUAAGCAGUUUGCAAGAGCUAGAAAAAGAACUACGUGUGGACUUAUGGAUUUCACACACACCAGGUUCAUUGUUUGUCUGCUUCAAGCAACCAAGACAAGAUAUCGUGCGUCGUUAUUCAUUGGCUUCAAUUUUACUAAAUAUAAAAUUUGCGGACGGCACGUUCGAUCGAAGGAUCUGUUCUCACAUUUGCGUUAUGCCGCAUGUCACGAAAAAGUUAAUUUUAAGUUUCAUUGAAGAAUUGCGAGCUCCUGAAGCAUUUCCAAAUCAAAAGUAA